GCCUCAAUAAGGUACUCAAGCACACACACACACACACACCUCAUACUGCUGGAGCCUCAAGAAGGUACUCAAGCACACACACACACACACACACACACACACACACCUCAUACUGCUGGAGCCUCAAGAAGGUGCGGCUCUGCCCCCCUCCGUGGGCACUCUGCCCCCCCUGACGGGGCGGAGGGGCCCGGGGAAACAGAGCUCCAUGGCUGCCUACAGACACAAUCCGCACGAACCCCCAGAAUCCAGCCAAUCACAACCCAGCAUUGUGCGGGGCAGCAUCCCUGUGGAACUUAGAGACUGGCAGAAAGGCAGUGGUUGGGGCACCCUGGUCAUGGGUCCUGAUGGUGACAUCAUACGACUGUCUCUGUGGGACCCCUCAGGCGAACACCAGCUCUCACUGGAUGAUGUCACAGAGGAACACGCUGUGAGGAUCCUGGUGUCAGAGGGGGAGCAGGAAGGCCAGCCCUGGACUAUCCUGCUGGAGCCAGAGAGCACAGCUGCAGAGGAAGAUUUGUCUGGCAAAGCUGAAGUUACCUCAGGAACUAGAGAGACAUCUCACGUCAGAAUGAGGAGAGUUGCCAGGGUGGGUGUCCAUGGUGAUGACAUAAAUGCUGAAGGCAGGUGUGGAUCUGGAACUGACGACGGUGCACCUGCAGAUGGACAGAUCCAGUCACCUGAGAGAAGUCCAGGUGUGAGGGGAGCAGUGUCAGGUGACCAGCCCGUCAGCACAGGAGGCGAUGCAGAGAGGAAAGAGGGCUCAGAGAGAAGAAGAGAAAUGGACAGAGCAGAGAGGAAAGAGGAUGCACCCCCUGGUGCUGGAGGAGACUCUGAGGCCCCCCCACAGCUGACAGAAGACCAUCGCAGCCAUCGCAGAAGCCCCCGAGCAGCCCACUCUGCUGCAGAGACGCCCUUGGACACAUCAAUCCCACAAUGCCCCUCAGGAGUCCGUCCGGAGCCUGUGGAGAGCCACGCCAAAGCAGCCGGCAUCAGUCAAACCGUGAGAGACGUGGAGCGAGAGGGAAGAGGAAGAGGAGAGAAAGGAGGGAAAGGAGGAAGGAAAGAGAGAAAGAGAGGAGAGCGAACAGCAGGGGUCGCCAUCUUCAUCCCUGUCCCGGCGCUCGGACUGCAGAGGUACCCCUGUUUCACAAGGUCAAAGUUCAUGGCAGGCAAACUCACCCGAAGCCGCCCCCCCCUGGAGCCCCCCGCCCAUGUCUCUGCACCCGCUGACCUCACGGUCUGCUUCGACAGUCACAGACAGCCAUGUGACCAAGCCCAGCCAAUCAGAGGAGAGCGCUCAUGUGAAUAA